UUAUUAUUAUUAUUCAUAUUAUACUAAACUAAAUUUAAGUUGUUGUUAUCCUCAAAAUGAAACUGAUAAUAGUGGGUGGAGCUGUUGAAGUGUUAUAGAAUGAUAUUUCUGAAACUGCUAGUCUGCUACUGCUAUAAAACCAGAGGAUAUAAGGACACUACGUGGAGGAGUAAAAAGGACCCACGUGCACCUCCUUUGGAGAAAGGGGAUAAAGGCUGAAAUAAGUUUUGACUGAGACGACUGAUCUCAGUCAACAUGAUCAUGAACAUGAAUUUUGAGAUUGAUCUACUUAUGCUGUGUAGUCUGUAGUUUAGAAAGCUUGAGCUGACUCUGACUUCAUUUUUUGAGUUAUAGACUAGUCAUUUUAAAAAGGAGCAAAAAUUUCGGAAAAAGCCAUAGACUAUCAACUCAAUUUCUUUACAUUUUUCUAAUGACUAAAAUUUAAUUGACUGCUACUGUUAGUAUACGGGAGUUUGCAUUUUUGCAAUAUUUAGUAUACUAGAAUCACGUGUAUGAUUUAAGAUGUUUUCAAGACUUUUGUCAGUUUCCUCUCUCGUUCCUCGCUAUGGAUGGACCAGACAGUACUCAGGGUACCUCAUUAAUCAGCCCGAAUACCAGUGGCUUAAAGAACUAGGAUUACAAGAGAAAAAUCCGGGAGUAUACGAUGGAACUAAGUGGUGUGGGAGUGGUCCAGUGAUUGAUUCAAUAUCUCCAAUUAAUGGCCGACCCAUUGCAGCCAUACAAGAGGGUAAUAAAGAUGAUUACAAUAAUGCUGUCAUUAAUUCAAUGAACGCCUGGAAGAUAUGGAGGGAAGUACCGGGUCCCUUGAGGGGUAAUAUUGUGAGAGAAAUGAACGAGGAAUUUAGGAAAAAUAAAAAUUCAUUAGGAAAAUUAAUUGCUCUUGAAGUUGGUAAGUUGCAGUCCGAAGGUUUUGACGAAGUUGAUGAUUACAUUAAAUGUUGUGACCUUGCGAUCGGACUCUCUCGUAUGAUUGGAGGACACAUCUCCCCAUCAGAGAGACCAGGUCAUAUGUUAAUGGAACAAUGGAACCCAUACGGGCUAGUCGGAAUCAUCACGGCUUUUAAUUAUCCAGCGUCUGUCUUUGGUUGGAACCAAUCCCUUAGCCUAGUGUGUGGUAACUGUACUGUAUGGAAGGGAUCACCCAGUACUCCGUUAACUCAGAUAGCAGUCAGUAAGAUAGUAGAGAGAGUGUUGACAAGUAACUCUAUACCAGCUGGAGUCUGUACUAGUGUGUGUGGUGGGGCUGAUAUCGGAGAGUCAAUGUGUAAAGAUAAAAGAAUUAAUGUACUAUCAUUUACUGGAAGUACUCAAGUUGGCCGUAAAGUAGGUGUGAUGGUCCAGGAAAGGUUCGGUAAGAGUAUACUAGAACUGGGAGGUAACAACGCCAUACUGGUUGAUGAAACUGCUGAUGUGGAUAUACUAAUGAAUGAACUAUACAAUGGACUGUUUGUAGCUAAUGGACAGUGUUGUACUUCUACAAGGAGACUGAUAGUACAUGAUAGUCUUUAUGAUGAAGUGUUGAGAAGGUUAUUAAAGAUGUACAGCAAAACAAAAGUGGGAGAUCCUUUUGAUGAUGAGGUUAGACUGGGGCCUGUUCAUACAAAUGGAAGUGUAGAAAUGUUUGAAAAAACAAUUAAUUUAAUAAAAGAACAAGGAGGAACUAUUGAGUGUGGUGGAAAUGUAAUAAACAGAGAAGGUUAUUAUGUCCAGCCUACAAUAGUCACUGGCCUACAGCACGACAAUGAAUUGGUAAUGAGGGAAACCUUUGUACCGAUACUGUACAUAUUGAAAUCAACUUCAAUUGAUGAGUCCAUUAAAUGGAACAAUGAAGUGGAGCAAGGGCUAGCAUCAUCACUAUUCACACAGUCCAUUGAAAGGAUGUCAAGAUGGAUGGGGUAAUGCUUCAGCCACUACUUGUAUCAUUAGAAUAACUAGUAUUACAUUAUCUGAUGCAUAUACAUGAUCUUAUGUUGUGUAGAAAGCAUAAGAACAUUAA